GUUGGGGCAGCUCCUGUGACAGACGGAGCUGGAGCGGCGGGGCGGCGGCGGAGUCCGGCGGCUGAGAUAGCGAGUGAGCGAGCGAACGAGCAGCGAUCCCGGGGCUCAAGAAGCGAGAAAGAGAAGGAGGAGCGCUCGGGCGCGAGCGAGAGGAACCGCGAGCGCCAGGCUUGGGCUCGAGCCCCGGAACGGCUGAGGAGCCCGCCCGCUCCCCUCCCCUCCCCCUUCCCGGGACCGGGCCCAGCGCGCCAUCCUCCCCCUCCCUCCUUCCCUCCCUCCCUCCUUCCUCCCUUCCCUCUCCCUCUCCCCCUCCCCCGCCGGUGGAUGGGAGUGAAGGACGGAAGAGGCCCUGCAGAGGCGGCGGUGCAGCGCUCCGGUGGAAUGAACCCUAUUUGUUGACUAUCUCCUGAUACUGGUUGGAUUCACUUGUAAAAGAAUCGUCUUCCCCUGUGUGGACGCCACUUAGUGGCAUAUUUAAUUAUAAAUCCAGGGAUCACAACGCUUUUUGAUUUCCCAAAGGAGGGACAUACCACUAUAUCAAAGAAGCUUGAUAUUACAGCCAAAAUGGUGCUGUCCCAGAGACAACGAGAUGAACUGUUUGUAACACAGGCUUUGACAACACAAUAUUUGAUGGAAUAUUUUGAGAGAUCCACUGCCUUCCUAUUUUGUAUUCUUUCGGAAGGCCCAAGUAGAACUACGUGGUGGAAAUUAAAACGAAGUAGAUUUCAGCUCCAUGUAAAGAAGACACUUCUUACGAAUCAAGUUAUCCAUUAGUAGAACAGGCCAGAAGGUACAGGCUAUGAUAUGAGCAGCACACAGACACAGACUCACAGUAAUAAAAUCGAGCUAUAGCAGAUUAUCUUCGUUCAAAUGGCUAUGAAGAGGCAUAUUCAGUUUUUAAAAAGGAAGCUGAAUUAGAUAUGAAUGAAGAAUUAGAUAAGAAAUAUGCUGGUCUUUUGGAAAAAAAGUGGACAUCCGUCAUUAGAUUACAAAAGAAGGUUAUGGAACUAGAAUCAAAACUAAAUGAAGCAAAAGAAGAAUUUACGUCGGGUGGACCGCUUGGUCAGAAACGAGACCCAAAAGAAUGGAUUCCCCGUCCACCAGAAAAAUACGCAUUGAGUGGUCAUAGGAGUCCAGUCACUCGAGUAAUUUUCCAUCCUGUGUUCAGUGUUAUGGUCUCUGCUUCAGAGGAUGCUACAAUUAAGGUGUGGGAUUAUGAGACUGGAGAUUUUGAGCGAACCCUUAAGGGGCAUACAGACUCUGUACAGGAUAUUUCGUUUGACCACAGUGGCAAGCUUCUGGCUUCCUGUUCUGCAGAUAUGACCAUUAAACUAUGGGAUUUUCAGGGCUUUGAAUGCAUCAGAACCAUGCACGGCCAUGACCACAAUGUCUCUUCAGUAGCCAUCAUGCCCAAUGGAGAUCAUAUAGUGUCUGCCUCAAGGGAUAAAACUAUAAAAAUGUGGGAGGUGCAAACUGGCUACUGUGUGAAGACAUUCACAGGACACAGAGAAUGGGUACGUAUGGUGCGGCCAAAUCAGGAUGGCACUCUGAUAGCCAGCUGUUCAAAUGAUCAGACCGUGCGUGUAUGGGUCGUAGCAACAAAGGAAUGCAAGGCUGAGCUUCGAGAACAUGAGCAUGUGGUAGAAUGUAUUUCCUGGGCUCCAGAAAGCUCAUAUUCUUCCAUCUCUGAAGCAACAGGAUCUGAGACUAAAAAAAGUGGCAAGCCUGGGCCAUUCUUACUGUCUGGAUCCAGAGACAAGACUAUUAAGAUGUGGGACGUCAGUACUGGCAUGUGCCUUAUGACCCUAGUGGGUCAUGAUAACUGGGUACGUGGAGUUCUGUUCCAUUCUGGGGGGAAGUUUAUUUUGAGUUGUGCUGAUGACAAGACCCUCCGUGUGUGGGAUUACAAGAACAAGCGAUGCAUGAAGACCCUCAAUGCGCAUGAACACUUUGUUACCUCCUUGGAUUUCCAUAAGACGGCACCAUAUGUGGUUACUGGCAGUGUAGAUCAAACAGUAAAGGUGUGGGAGUGCCGUUGAUUGAGUCUCAUUUGGCCCCUCCUCCCAUUUUUCCUCUGGAUGCACUCUGAUGAUACCAUGGUUACCCCAUUGAGCUCUGUUUAAAUAAAUAUUGUCCUUUCAUGUAAAUUAUUCUGGAUGUAGAUUGAGCUUAUUAAAUGUUACACACAAAGUA